AUGUUUGGUGGCGGUGAGGAGUACUUCCAGGACCCACCCGAGAUCGAUCGAGACACACUUGUUCGCUACGCCACCUUUUGCGCUCGCCUACGCGCCAUCGAGAAGCCUGGUAAAAAGACCAUCACCGAAGCCGCCGCACUGGCACGCGAGGUCGGCGACACCCUUCUCGACUACGAGCUUGUUGUCGGAGCACUCUUCCGUCAUAUCAAGACCUGGACAGGGCAGAAACAGCUCGCCUGCUGGUAUGUGCUUGACAAGCUAUGUAAGGAAGAUCGCGACAAGUACGGCUACAUUGCCGGCAAGUACAUUCUAGAGGUGGGGCGAGACCACAUCCCAUACGAGGAUCCCGAGCUCACCGGCAAGUACGAGACACUCGUGGAGCACUGGGAAAAUGUUUUUCCGCGUCAUGUCGUGGAUGCGCUGUGGAUCGCCAAAAAGGAGCGCCUUUGGGCCGUCGACCACCCGAACGAGGUGAAGCAGCAGCAGCAGGCAGAGGAGGAGGAGUGGGCGCGCGAGGAGGCGGCCAUGCAGGACGAGGACGGCCUCAACGACUUUGGCCAGCCGUGUAUCGACUACCUGCAGGGACACUGCAGCUGGGGUGACAAUUGCCGUCUGUACCACCCUCCCGGCGAAGAGGGCUCGCUGCCGGCGGAGUGCCGGAUGGGGGACUGGAAGUGCUCGGCGUGCGGUGUCAUCAAUCGACACUUUCGCCGUCGGUGCUCCAACUGUGUGCGUGAGAAGCCGCAGUACAAAAAAGGGCGCGUGCCGUCCGCAGAAGAUCAGCUACUCUGCACCCCGGACCCAGGGGUGGCAACCGCCUUUCAUCAACAAUUCGGCUACAACCCGUACGUGCCAGCGGAGGCGAUCGCACACUUCAAAUUGCGCCUCGAAGGUGUUUCGGCGGAGGAGUACCGCAAAGAGCGCGCGGCAGCGUACCGCGUGCGCAUUCUCGGCAGGGCCCCCACCAACCCCGUCGAGGAGCGGUGCAAAGCGUCGAAGCACUUCCCGGACAUCGACAUGGAGCCGUAUGAGGAGUACGAAGUAGGCACAGACGGGCUCGUAGUGAAGCGGCAGCGCACCGAGAGCCUCGUGCCCGCAAACGCGUCGGCCAAUAGUGCCGUUACCCUUAUCGCGCAGCUCGUCAUGGAGCGUGGCAUGUUGGAUCCCACUGUACCACAACUUUUUGGCGAGCUUUCCCGAUGCAUCCGCCAGGCUGCUGGAGAUCCGACAAUGGUGCUUAACGAGACCCAGGCGGAGGUGCUAUUGUCUGCGUGCAAGCUGGGCUUCACCGCAUGGAAUGCAAACAAAGGUGCUGUGCCUUUCGUUGCCACCUUCUUCAAGGCAGUCCGGCACAAUGAAGGGAAGCUGGGGCUCUCGGGGGAGCAGGUGGAACAGCUGGAGUCCAUGGCCAACAUGUUCUUGGCGUGA